AUGCUCCGCCUCUUUGCCACGUCAGCCGCUGUUUGCGGUGCUGCGUCGGCAGAGGCGGGCUCAAAUCCCAAGGAUGUGAAGACGCUCCAGGAAGUCGAGCAGGCGACUGUGGAUGGCACAUAUCCCCGCACCUUCCCGCAUGGCGUGCUCAAUGCAGAGUGGAGCAACAAUCGCAAGUUCCUCCGGAAGCUGCGCAAGGCCAUUCGUACUGGAAAGCCUUUCGUGAUCAAGGACUUCCUGUUUGCCCCUGUCGCAGAGGCACUGCUUCAGCAGCUGCAGCAGCUUAGCGAUCGACAAGAUGACGAUGACGAAACGGGCUAUCCUUUCCAAAGACUGACGGAAGGCCCUUUUCGCUCCCAGCCGAAGGGUUGGGCACCUUUGAGGCCGAAUCCUUGCACGCAGGUGGUCUCUGACUUCCUUGAGACGCGUCAGCAUCGCUUCGCCUUCACCGGGCACAUCCUAAUCGGCCGGAAGGGGGACAAGCACAACGCUUGGCAUUCUGCCUUCCGACAAGCCAUGGAGCACCCAGCAGUUGUUCAGUUCUGGCAGGGCUUGGCUGGCAUGCCCAAAUGGGUGACGCGAUACGAUCCCUCCUGGUCCUGGCUUCGGCCGGGUGACUUCUACGGACUACACGCCGACGAUGCGCAGGCAAGGUACCUUGCCGUGACCAUCCAUUUGGCCAGCGGCUGGUCCUCAGAACAUGGAGGCGAGCUUGUCUGGUGUGGUCCAGAAGGAGAUGGUGAUGUGACCAUUGAGGCCCAUGACCGGCCUCAUUUCCACAAGAGCUUCAAUGUCUCAAAGGGAGGCAGCGCGCUGCUGCCAAGCUUCAACGUGGCGGUGGUUUUCCCGGUGUUUCAGCGCCUCGAGCUUGAAACUAAUGUGAGCUUUGGCUUCCGCAACUUCCCAUGGUGCUUGCAUCUCAAGUUGGCAGCAGUGAUGAACAGGAACAGCUACCAUGCUGUGGCGCCAGUCCAUGCUGGCGAUGGCAAAGGCGCGUCUCCAUUCUCCGAACUUGGCCCAGAACGAGGCCAAGUGGGCGGCGGAGAGCCCCGGCCACGAUUAGCGUGUUUGGCAGUGAUAUCGCAUGAUAGAAGUGACAUCCUCUUUCUGCCUGUUUCUCAGUACACUUCAAACAGGAAGGCAUCGAAGCCGAAAGCUGAAGGGAGCAGUCCAGCUCCGGCAUCCGAGCAGGCCCCGACCUGUGAAUGGGUGGAGGAAAAGACAGACGAGGGUCACACCAAAUACCGCAACGAGCGAACUGGCGAGGUGGUUGACGAACUCCCCGAGGGCAUCAAGGCGGCUGAUGUCCAGAAGGCAAAGAAGGAUGAUGCCAAGGCGCCUUCACCCACCAUGCCGCUUGGGGCGCGGCCACCUUGGCAGCAGGCAAAAGCAGCAGCGAAGGCGCCGCCCAAGCCCAAGGAGGGCCAAAUCUGGCGCGAGCCAGGCCUAUCCUGGACAGCAAAAGCACCGCCUCCCAUGCCCAAAAUGCCGGCCUUCCUGGCAAAGGAUGGUCAGGAGGGAGACGCGCCAGGACAUGCGGCAUCCCUGGGCCCUGCAGCAGCAAAGAUCCCUGCUGUCCCUGUACCCGAGCCGGCCACAGUGCCCGCAGCAGAACCAGCUGCAGAUCCUUCUGCAGCUGCAGAGGCUCCAGCCGCUGCCACGUCUUACUGGACAGAGGUUCGGACAGACGAAGGCGACAUUUAUUAUCACAAUGAAGAAACAGAUGAGACGGCAUGGGAGCUUCCUCCCGGGGGUGCGGUCCGGAAGCCUGGGGAGGAGGCCCCUGCAGAGCCGAUGCCAGCCACGUCACAACCGACUCCGGCACAACCUGCUGCGGCACAACCUGCUGCGGCACAGCCUGCUGCGGCACAGCCUGCAGCUGCGCAGACGCAGCCAGCAGUGCAGCAAACGCAUGUUGGCACCGAUGCUCUGCCUGUUCCGGAGGCCCUGAAAUGUCCUUUGUGCCACGACUACCUGGACCAGGCAGUCCUGGUCGUAUGUUGCGGCGCCAACUUCUGCUUGCGCUGCGCAAAUGCUGCGAUGCCAGAGGGCGGAAGCAGACGGUGUCCAAAGUGCCAGAUGGAGGUGCAGCAGCUCAUUCCUAACGAAGACGUGCGAAAGCGAGUUGAUCAGGCCUUCCCUGCCACCUACUGGUACCCAGUCACGGCCGACGAUGGUCAGACAUAUUUCUGCAACUGGGAGACAGGUGAGGCAGUUUGGGAUGUGCCUCGAGGUGGCAAGGUGGCCUCCACAGAGGCCGAAAUGCAACAGCUGCACGAGCCGCAGCAACAGCCACAGCCACAACAGCAUCAGCAGAUGCCGCAGGCAGCGGGCGCGUGGAUGGCAUGUCAAACGGCAGAAGGCCAUGUCUACUACUACAACCAGAGCACCGGCGAGUCGUCCUGGGACCCUCCACCUGAGAUGGCAACCCAGGCGGCCCAGGGCGGUGCCUGGGAUGGUCUCUAUGCAGCACAUGCUGCAGAGGAGGCAGCCCGUCUACAGCGGCAACAGUACGAGGACGCGCUGCGGCAGAUGCAAGCGGCGGAGGAAGCUGCCAGGGCGCAGCGCCAGCAGUGGGAUCAGCUCUAUGCCCAGCAUUUCGCCUGGUACCAGCAACAGCAGCAUCAACAACAACAGCAGCAGGCCCAGCAGGCUCCGGGCACGCAGCCUGCGGAGAGUGCAGCAUCUGGCAUGGUUCCGCCAAGCCUCAACGCAAGCAUGGAGGAGCAGAUCGCAUUCGCCAUGAAGUGCAGCUUAGUGCAGGAGAUGGAGGAAAUGAUAACGUCUGGGGCAUCCGUGGCAGACCGGAAGAAGGCCCUCAAGAACUGGCAGAUAAAGUGGCACCCGGACAAGAAUCCAGAACAGGAAGAGGUUGCCAAGACGCUGUUUCAGUUCCUCGCAGACAAGCGAAGCUGGUUCCUGAAAGAUCCAGAUGCCGACGUUGGCGGCUGGGAGGACUUGCCUGUGGAAAGCGUGGACUAG